UCACAUGGACAAAUAAAUAAAAAUAAAAUAAUCAAAAGAAUUAAAGUCCUUACCUCUAAUGCCCUACCUCCGCAUCUCUCUAUAUAUAUAUUAUAUAUCUUCGUUGCUAAUAUUAUAAUAUAUCUGAUAUUGCCACUCACCACUCCUUACUACUCAUUCGAAACCAAUAUCGACCAAUAAUUAAUGGCUUUCAACAAAGUUUCCUUUGCAUUUCUUCUGUUGGCUCUUGUAGCUACAACAGCUCAUGCUCGUGUGAACCUUUUGCGCGUUUUUGAUAAUUCUCUUAGUUCCCUUUGCCCACCAGCCGGACCAACGUCAUGUAGCUGCUACUGCAAUGUAAAUAAGCAUGGGAAGUUGGUGUGUAAGCAAAACAACUCUAGAGAAGGCGACUGCCCUGCAGGCUGCAGUGAAGAUGAUUGCGAUUGCACCCUUGAUUUGUGCCCAACUUGUUUCUGCUCAUAUGAGGUCAAGAAAUGCCCAAAAAGUUGCACUACCACCAUCUCUCCUUCUGCCUUUGCUAUGUAUGAGGCUCUACUUGCUUCAGAGACUAAUUAGUUACUUAAGUGGUAUUAAUACUGAUGAGUAUUAAUGUAGUAUGACUAUUAAUCUAUGUACUCCAUGCUUACACUAUUUACCUCGAUUGCUUAUGUCGAGGCUUCAAUGAAAAUUCUGUAAGCUUUAUUUUCAAGUGAAAUUUUAAGUUAUAUGCUUUAUUUU